AUGGGGUUUCAAGUGGUCAAUCGUGUGAGCGCUAAAGUGGAUCAGCAAAUAGACUGUGUUGUCUUACAGCAGAGCCCUUGCUACCAGGAGGACGAACCAGUCAUGACUGUGCCAUCUUGUUCCCCAGCUGGGCUGCUACUGCUGGCAGAGCUGAAGCCAGGGCGACCCCAGCAGUACGACUGGAAGUCGAGCUGCGAGACGUGGAGUGUUGCGUUUUCCCCCGACGGCACCUGGUUUGCCUGGUCUCAGGGUCACUGUAUCGUCAAACUGAUCCCCUGGCCCUUGGAGGAAGCGGAGUUAAGCUGCAAAACAUCUGAACGCAAGAGCCGUGGCGUCAAAGCCGAUGUGAGAGGCAGAGGAGGAGCCAAGGAGAAGACGCUAGACUGUGGCCAGAUUGUGUGGGGACUGGCCUUCAGCUCCUGGCCUCUGGGCCGCACUAAGGAGCGGGACAGGUUGCCGGCUCCAGAUCGCUCCUGUCUGAUCCUCGCCACAGGACUCAAUGACGGACAGAUUAAAGUCUGGGAGGUGCAAACAGGGGGCCUGCUUUUCAGCCUUUCCGGGCACUUGGACGUUGUGAGGGACCUGUGCUUUGCUCCCCACGGAAGCCCGAUUCUAGUCUCUGCGUCCCGGGACAGGACCCUCCGCAUCUGGGACCUGAGCCGAGAUGGGAAGCAGGUCCAGGUGCUGUCUGGCCACACGCAGUGGGUGUACUGCUGCUCCAUCUCCCCCCAUUGCAGCAUGCUGUGUUCUGCGGCUGGGGAGAAAUCGGCGCUCCUGUGGAGCAUGCGUUCCUACACCCUCAUCAGGAAGCUGGAAGGGCACCAGAGCAGCGUGGUGUCCUGCGACUUCUCACCAGACUCCGCUCUGCUGGUCACCGCCUCCUAUGACACCAGCGUGAUCAUGUGGGACCCCUACACGGGGGAGCAGCUGAGAACACUUCGCCAUGUUGCGCUGCCCCCAGCAUUGGACUACGGCAGUGACAUCCAUGCCAGCUCCCUAAGGUCCGUGUGCUUCUCUCCGGAAGGCUUGUAUCUUGCUACAGUGGCAGACGACAGACUCCUGAGGAUCUGGGAUUUGGAACUAAGAACUCCAGUGGCAUUUGCACCUAUGACCAAUGGUCUGUGCUGUGUAUACUUUCCCCACGGCUGCGUAUGUUCUGUGCAGGCCAGUGGGACGUGCUCUCCUGCCGAGCGCAUGACGAGAGAUGGCCACGUCCAGUUCUGGAGUGCCCCCAAGACCCUCUCAACCCUUAAGCACUUAUGUCGCAAGGCUCUCCGCACCUUCCUCACAACUUACCAGGUCCUGGCACUGCCCAUCCCCAAGAAAAUGAAAGAAUUCCUCACUUACAGGACCUUUUAAACCUUGUACACUGGAUCCAAGAGACCUAGAGCUGGCUGGCUUCUUCCCUCCCUUCCGAACUUUGUUCUGGGAUGACGGAGCAGCCGGGGUGGUAGAAUGCUCAUGAAAUCCCAAUGGGCUUUUUGGUUCUAGUGGAAGGAUUUCUGUUCCUUUGUCUGGGGCUGUUUCUUUGACCACACAGGUUAUUUUAUUAAGAGAACCCAGCAAAAAUGCAGUGGAUUGGCUGACUGAACUCUUCAUCCGUUUGAAGUCCUCUCUCAGACAAGGAGGGGCAGGAGUUCUACUCCGAUGGCUUUGUGGGGCAUUGGAGUUGAAAAGGCCCCAUCAACAGCAGUGCAAGUUUCAGUUCUCUUGAGGUGCUUUCACUUAAAGUGCAACCACUGAACAGGGUGUGUUUAAAAGCAAGAGGGCUCCGAGAAGUCACUUUCUUUGGUAUGGCAAUGCAAACUCAAACCUGCAUUUUCAUGAAUGAAAAAAAUGUGUCCUAGGUGAGGCAGUGGCUUUCAUGUUCAUCACUUUCUUUAGCCUGGUUCUGAGAAAAUUCAACCUGAAAAGUCUCUGCAUUAUGGACAGGCCUUAAAAAUAAAAGUUUUUUUUCUGAAGAG